UCCAGUAGGUAAGCCGUCCUCCUUUCACCUCUUCACUCAUCGACAACUCACAAGCAACGCCGAUCGACACUCGAUCGAGAUCGACCAUGGAGGUGGUGAGCGCGAUCGUCAAGGUGGUGCAGGCGAUAGUGAAGGCGGCGGAGACGGCCCGGGAGAACAGUGAGAGGUGCCUUGACCUCGCCAACCGCGCGCGCAUCAUCGGCAACAUCCUCCUCCUCGACUCCUCCACGGCCAGCACGAGCAGCAGCGCCAACGGCUACACAGCGAGGCUGAGAACGCCCCCGCUGGAGAUGCUGAAGGACGUGCUCCAAGAAGCCCUUGAGCUUGUCGAGUCCCAGCAGCCGGGCGGCUUCGGCGCGGAGCUCAUGAAGCUGCUGACAAGCGGCCCGACGGCCGCCAGGUUCAAGGAGGUCAAGGACAGGAUCGCCGACUGGGUCAACAUCGUCUGCUUGGCGGAGCAGUCCGCUGCUCGGGCCCGCCACGCCAACGCAGGGACCGGCUCGGCAACCACCUCCCUUGCCCCGGAGCAUCACCACCAGAGCUUGCAGUUUGCGACGACGUCGUCGCAACAACACCUGAAUUUCCAGUCCGCGACGUCACUGUCGCAGCACCUGGAGAGCUUCCCGUCCUUGCUGGGGUCGUCACAGCAGAAGCAGAGCUCGCAGUCUGCGACGUCGCUGUUGCAGGAGCACCAAAGCUUGCCGCAACGCCCGAGCUUACGGCUGCCAUCGUUGCAGCAGAAGCAGAGCUUGAAGUCAACGACGUCGCUGUUGCAGGAGCACCAAAGCUUGCCGCAACGCCCGAGCUUACGGCUGCCAUCGUUGCAGCAGAAGCAGAGCUCGCAGUCUACGAUGUCACCGUUGCAGGAGCACCAAAGCUUGCCGCAAGGCCCGAGCUUACGGCUGCCAUCGUUGCAGCAGAAGCAGAGCUUGAAAUCUGCGACGUCGCUGUUGCAGGAGCACCAAAGCUUGCCGCAACGCCCGAGCUUACGGCUGCCAUCGUUGCAGCAGAAGCAGAGCUUGAAGUCCGCGACAUCGCUGUUGCAGGAGCACCAAAGCUUGCCGCAACGCCCGAGCUUACAGCUGGCAUCGUUGCAGCAGAAGCAGAGCUUCCAGUCCGAGGAAUCGCCGUCCCAGCAGCAACGGAGCUCGCAGUCCACGAUGCCACCAUUACAGCAGCAGCAGAGCUUGCGGCAACGCCCGAGCUUACGGCUGGCACCAUCGCAACAGAACCAGAGCUUUCAGCCCAGGGAGUUGUCGUCCCAGCAGCAACGGAGCUCACCGUCCACAACACCGCCGUUACAGGAGCACCAGAACUUGCUGCAAUGCCCGAGCAUACGGCUGUCACCAUCGCAGCAGUAUCAGCAGCAAAGGCUCCAGUCGGGGGAGUCAGCCGUCGCAGCAGCAAUAGAACUCGCAGUCCGCAGUACGAUCGCCGCAGUAGCGCCGGAGUUUGUGGCGGCAACACCCGGACUCUCAGCCUGCAAGCUUGCAUCAGCAGCAGACCUCGCAGCCCGCAGCCCCGCACUACCACCGUCACAACAACAUCAACACUUGAUUCCUCGCCAUGGCGGAACGCGGAUUUUCGCUGUUGCCGUUGCGACGACCGUGGAAGUGCGGGCUGCGAAGUGUGAACUCUGGUGUGCUGAUGCAAGCUCGCGAGCCGAGAGAUGAGGUGUUGCUUAUUUGGCAAGCGGGCAAGGUAGUACAAUACAAUACAAUAAUAUAGCUGUCCAUGGACCCAUGAUGUCCUGUCGAGCAAAUGGCACAAAACCACCAUUUUGAAGGAGAGGUUUGCGAAAAACACUACGCUACACUUUUGUUGCAAACAACACCACGUCUUCUGUAAUCAUUUUACAAAAA